GUUAGAAAGAGAGCGCAAUAAUAGAGCUAACGUCAAUAUUAUUUGUCAUCCGUUGAACGCGUAAUUUACUUUCCUUUUUCGUUUUUGUGUGAUUCAUACGAUAUUUUGUGUAAUUGAGGGAAAAUAUUGUGAUAAUAGUGAAGUUCUAAAUAAGAUAUUUAUUAAAAUGGGUGACGCGUGUCAAGCCUGUCUUACGAGGGUGCCUCAUGCCACUCUCAUUGCCACUAUUAUGUGUUGCCUGGGCGUGGGUGUGUUUUGCGGGACUAUGUAUCAGGGCACAGCUCUUUCAAAACAUAUGUUUGAUGAAGUAUUUCACUUCCGUUUAAUAUGGAUGGAAGCUCUGCAAAUGAUAUUUAUCGUAGGCAGUGCAUGUAUGGCAGCUCUAGGCUUCAUGCUUUUGUGUUUGGGAUGUUUGGCAACAGGCGCGACUAGACAAAAAGUAUAUCGUGCAUGGAGAGCACGCGUCGGGGGACGUAUAUCUUGUGCUAUUUUUAUGAUAAUAACAUAUAUUUUGGCUUUCGUAUGGAUCAUACUACUAGGUUUCCUAGUCAUAACAACUUUCCUAUUCACAAUAUUCUGGAAACUUUGCUCAAAGCCGAAGAACGUCGAGCUGUUGACAUGCAUCGACUUUACUCAGUUUGACUUCAUGUUCCCAUCAAGUGUGAAACAAGAGGACAUGAAAAUAUGUGAGGCUCAAAAGAUGAAAUUGUUCUGCAAAGAUUAUGUUGAGAAGGCGGAGUUUAUGUUCAUACUGGCUAUGGUGUCGUGUAUCCUUGUGAUACUGAGUUUGGUACAUUAUUUGAUGUGCUUGUCAGCUAACUAUGCACACAUCAGGGACCAUGAGAAGUUCCAGGAGCUGCAGGAGCUCCAGUACCUCACCAACCCGGAUCUGCACGCCUCAAAAGAUCGUUUCUAGUAUAUGGCCCGUGCGCCUUUACUGCGCUCAUUAGAAGCCACUACUAAAAUGUGACAAAGUUGAACAAUUGACUGUUAAUUGACCAUUAGUUGGUGUUCACUGAUAACUAAAUUUACACAAAAGACUGACAUUCAGUGAACUAGUUCUACAAAAACGUAACAUUGUAGAUAACAAAAAUGAUGUACUGUAAUAACAUAUCUUAUUUCCAAUGUUUUGAUAAUUCUGUCCACAUAUUUUGACAUUCCUUAAUUUAUUAGGUGUUAUUGAAUUAUUUGUUAGUAAAAACACAUAUGUUAAUGAUUAGGUGCUUUUAUAAGUAUUACCUUGUCUUUGUUUAUUUGACCUGUAUUAGAAACCUAGUGAUUGUAUUAAUAUAAGAUAUUGCUGUGUGUAAACAGUGUCUUAACUUUAAUAUUGAUGUUUCCAAAAGUAUUUAUGUACUGCCUAUGUAUAUUAUAGCCUAGAGAAAUAGUUCUUUUAUAUGUCCUUUUAUCUACAACUCUUGUAAGUCUUGCAGCUUAAACUUUUCAUAUAAGUUAUGUUUAAAUCGAAUAGCACAAUUUUAAAGGUUCAAAGUUUAGUACAAGCAAUUAUUUUAAUUAAAUAUUAUUCAAUUUGCCAGAAGCCACAAGGUUUAUGAACAAAACAGCUAGAUGUAAUUAAAACUAUUAGACUGAUUUCUUUAUAACAAUAUUUCUUGACUUGUUCUUGGUUUAUAGACUCCAAAGCUUCAAAAUGUAUACUUGCUUGUGAUUUGGGUAUUGGCCUAAAUUUUAAAACAUUUUAUCUUGUAAUUCAAUCAUUAAAAUAUAAGUUCUUCUAUUGUUCUAUUGUUUGACAUCAUCAGAUUGUGUUCAAUAUUAUAAUAUUAACAACCACCUCAUAAGAAGCCACACAGUUGUCUUAAAGACAGGUACAAAAUUCAAUGUCAAUUCUCUAAUAUUAUUUCCAUAAGUUUAAUUUGUUUUUUUUCAAUAUAUAAUGGCAUUUGAAAAUGAUUAACUAAUGGGAUCUAAGACAUUUGAUUUUUAACACAUUGGACUGUGAAAACGCAUUUAUUAUAAUGAAUAGGAAAAUAUUAGGUAAUAAAUGUUUAACUUACCUUCCCGGUUGAUAAUAAUUAAGUUUUUGUACACCUAUUAUAGUAUGUACCUUUGAAGCUAAAUGUAAGUGGCACCUAUAUGUAAGUGAAAAUGUAUGAAAUUAUAUAGGUUUUAUAAUAAAUGUUCGUUUUUAUAAACAUGA